AUGGCUUCCGAAUCUCAGAAUCAGUACUUUAAAGUCGCAGUUUUAGUUUAUGAAGCUGCCGAUCUUCUCGAUUUUACAGGUCCGAUGGAAGUCCUGUCUCAUGCCCUGCAUAAUCAUAACCCGGAUGAUCCCGAUCCAAUGUUCACAAUCGAAACGAUUGCUCGAGCACCCAUUAUUCGCUCAAGUUGCUCACUCACUGUUAAGGUCGACAAAGUUAUCGAAGAUGCGGUCAAAGAUCUGGCGGAGUACGACAUCCUAGUCGUUCCUGGUGCACCACCAUCUGUGGUCCAACCUCUGCUCGAGAGUAAUUCUGCAGAAGUGGAUGUAAUCCGCAGAUUUGCAACUCUCACUCGGUCACCAUCGCAAAACCCACGCUACCUGCUCUCUGUCUGUACUGGUGCUCUCUUGCUUGGUGGCGCGGGCAUUCUUGCUGGCAUGACUGUUACCACGCAUCAUCGUGCAGUUGAUGUGCUGCGGGAUGUAUGCGCACGGUUCAAUGAGAAAACCGACCCCUCGACUACUGUGGUGCAUAAGCGGUACAUCGAUGGUGGUUACAUGGUCGGGGAUACUGUUCGUCUGGUUACGGCUGGCGGUGUGAGCUCAGGUAUCGAUGCCACGUUCCAUAUCGUGCGUGAGCUGGCGGGUUCCGACAUGGCUGCCUUUGUGUCCCGGUUGAUGGAAUAUGAUUGGACCGAGCUUAAGAAGUAA